AAAAAGCUUGAAACAGAGGAUUUAGCUAGAGAGGAUUUAGCGAGAGAGAGAGAGAGAGGUUGAAGAAGAUGACUAGUGGAGGAGGAUACGGAGAUCCAUCGCAGAAGAUUGAUUAUGUGUUCAAAGUGGUGUUGAUCGGCGAUUCAGCGGUUGGGAAAUCGCAGAUACUGGCUCGUUAUGCGAGAGACGAGUUUAGUUUGGAUUCUAAGGCCACCAUCGGCGUUGAAUUUCAGACUCGGACGCUUGUUAUUGAUCACAAGAGUGUUAAGGCUCAGAUCUGGGAUACCGCCGGCCAAGAACGAUACAGAGCGGUAACGAGUGCAUAUUACCGAGGAGCGGUUGGGGCGAUGUUGGUGUAUGACAUAACCAGACGCCAAACCUUUGACCAUAUACCAAGAUGGCUAGAAGAAUUGCGUGCUCAUGCAGACAAGAACAUUGUGAUCAUCCUUAUUGGGAACAAGUCAGAUCUUGUUGAUCAACGAGCUAUACCGACCGAAGAUGCUAAAGAAUUUGCGGAGAAAGAAGGUUUAUUCUUCUUGGAGACGUCUGCAUUUAACGCAACCAAUGUUGAGAGCGCUUUCUCCACGGUUUUGACUGAGAUCUUCAACAUUGUGAACAAGAAAAGUUUUGCCGCGAGUGAAGAUCAAGAGAACGGUAAUCCCGGGUCGCUUGCUGGUAAGAAGAUUGAUAUUGUUCCAGCAGCAUUUGUUGAAGCUGAUAAUGCUGAGGAAAUAAUGGCAAGGAUCGAAACCAAAUCGCAGAAGAUUGAAAGCUUACUCAAACACUACAAACAUGUCGAAGCUCUGAAAACGGCUCUUGAAGGUUCGCCUCUUAAAACUCUCGACGAACGUUGCAAGUCGGCUAAUUGGAUAGUUGUGCGCAAAGCGAUAAUGGCGAUAAAGGAUAUCGACGGAAUGUUGAAUGCUCUUGACGCCGAGUAUUACGACAUUCUCAUGAAGUACUUGUAUAGAGGUCUUUCUACUGGGGAAGAACCCACAUGCGAACAAUGUUUGAUGAUUCACGAGAAACUAACAGAGAGAGCUGGUCUCGGUUGCAUUCUGCGUUGUCUUAGUGAUACUACCAACACCGUUUAAAACCAUCAAGCUGAUGUUUACUUGUUACUUUGUUUCUUGUUUUGUAUGAAUGUUUCUCCCAAAUCUCAAAGCUAAUUCAAUAGAUUAUAGAAAGUGGAAUAAACUGGAGAACCUAAG